GUGACUCUGCAGGUGAUUUGCUAUUGGACAAUCACAUCUUGAGCCAAGAACCAAUCAUGGGCUGUAUCCAGGAGGACUGGGCCCACUGGGGUUCAGUCAAGGGUUUUGGUUGCAGCGGUUGUGAAUUCUGAGUAACAGGAAGGCUGUAGUGAGACAUGAUCGCCCUCUAUAGGUCAAACGUGGUCACUGCUCAGAUGCAGAAGAGGAAACCGGACUGCGUGGAUGUCCGUCUCCAUGGAGACGCCACAACAAGUCAGUACGGAGGCAGAGAUUUGGCCGGACUAAAGAAGGGGUAUUUUUGCUUCCUUUUAAUGUGGGCUCCUCAGUGUGUCGGUCUAGAAAGAGGCGUUUAAGGCCUGCGAUGUGUGACGCGUACAGAGUUCCCUCCUCUGCCAAAGUGGAGCAGAUGGAAGCGGAGCUGUCGCGGCAACUCUCGGCGCUCAGGGUGGAAAUCGAGGAGAGUGGAUUCUCUCGGCGAUCGGAGGGCUCCAAGUCAUACAGCUCGGUUCCACCUCCAAAAGAUCUGGCCUCAUUCCGUGCGGAGAGAGAACGUGCGCUGGCGAGAGCCCUUCAGGUGGCUGCGGCGCUGCCGGCUCGCUCUCAGGCCGACGUGAUGCAGAGAGAGCUGGAGAGCUGCCUGGCUCCAGAGUACUCGCCUGACAGCCUGGCUGCCCUGCUGCACCAGUUCUUUGCAGACCGAUCGUACCACUUGGCUCAGAUGAAGUAUCUGCUCAUGCUGAGAUGGAGGAGAUUUUGCCGCCACUCCAGCGUCAUUGAGAAGCUUUAUCCUCAUUACAAGGAUCAGCUGUCGUACAUGGCGAGCGAGCACGAGGACGCCGUGCAGAGAGCCCGCAGGCUGUCGACGAGCAGAGAGAAGCUGCUGAGCGGCCGAGGGAGCGGUGCCGACCAGCUCACCGAGGCCGACGUGGCCCUUUACCUCCGGUGGCUCGUCUGCCACCUGCACUCACUCCAGACCGUUCACAGUUUCCUCAGGGUGCUGCACUAUAUACCAGCGGGAGAAAGGAAGGAUGAAGAUUCUCUGCCAACAGUAAUGAAGGAGACGUCACCUCAGCCUCAACGAGGUCUGGCUGAUGAUGUUCCCUUUCACGCCGUUCACCUGGAGGAGUUUCUUCCUGAGCUGACGUCCCUCAUCGCCUUCUUCCACCUCCCCUACGACGUCACCAGACUCAGGACCAGUGCGGAUGAGAUGGAGCUGUUCAGCGUCGUGUGGAGGGAGUUUCGAGCCAUUUUCAGGCAACAGGAGCAGAUGAAGACGUUUCCUCCGCGCGACGGCACCGAAUCCAAGGAGGCCCAGUGGGGCCGGACGAGCCCGAGCAUGGCCGUGAAGGCGGAGGCCAGCUGGAUCCCCUUCAUCCAGGUGAAACCCAGACGGGAUCCGUGGCAGCAGAAGCUCAUCGUGAGGCUGAAGGAGCAGAAAUGCGUGGACGAGCUGCUGAAGCUGCACUGCGGCUUCACUCAGGCGCCGCAGCUGAUGCGCGUCGCCGCGGUUCUGAAGGAGCGCGCUGCUCGCGUCGCCGGCUCUCAGGCUGCACCGGACGCUCCGAGCACCAAACGACGGAACGCCUCUGAGAUCUGGACCGGAGUUUACGGCGCCGCUAGUUCGACUCAGGAAGUGCGUGAUCAAUCAGCUGCACCCAGAGACAGAGGGGGAUGGGAUAAAAGGAGUACGAGGAGUCAAACGUCAGCUGCAACGAGCAAAAGCUAUUCUCUGGAGGCCAGCCUUCACCUCCUGGGUCUGGAUGACAGCUUGGAGGAAGGAACCGUGGAUCCCACUGUCACCACUGGAGCCUAUCUGUCCCUGACUUACCUGCGUCAUCUCAAACUCAGGCAGCUCCAGCGCAUUUCCCUUGGGCUGUUGAACUACCUGCGCUCCGUUGAGAGGACCUUGACCUUUGACCUGGCCGGGCUCAAGCUGCAGGAACAGGAGCUGUGCAGCUCUGCGGAGGAAUCGGGCUGGAUGAACGCUGCCAGAGGAGGACGAGGAGAGGCUGGAGGUCUGGGUUCGCUGCAGUACAGCCACAACACCCCCGUGGACUACAGGGUCCACUGCUCCGAGUUCAUGGAGUUCCCAGAGGUGGAGAACCUUCACGACUUCUACAGCUCCGAGGAGCAGCUCAUCCACACCCAGGACCACAGGGGGUUCUACAUCGUGUACGACGCGGCGCUGCAGGACCUGGAGGGGCUGCGGAGCGAGCUGCUGCUCGUCGGUUCGCACUUCAUCCAGAGGAGCGCGAUUGCGACCAUUGGGAAACCUGAGAGCGCGAUGGCGGCAGAAAUCGACCGCGUUGCAGUGCUUCUCGACCUGUGGACGUGCGAGGCAGAGUUUUUGGAGAGCAAAGUGCAGCUCUUGAAUUGCUACUACGAAGCCUACCAGCACACAGCAGGAGCGGAGGAGAGGUUCACGUUGGCUGGGGUCAUCACCGACAUCAUGCACAGCCGGCCACAGCUGGACCUGCACCAGGACUAUUUCGUCGGCGCCUACAGGGCCGAGAUAAGCUGCCUGCAAAGCCACAGGCAGCUCAUCAAAGGCAUUCUGGACAAGCAGAUUGAACAGCAGCGACGGUACCUCCAACGCAUCUGGAGAGAUGACAGUAAGGGCUCCAUUCAGCACUAUGGCCUUCCACCGAACUACGUUCCCAAACACCUGGUCUCACUUGGAGGCAGCAGCCCUGCACUGACGAGCGUCUUCCUCCUGGAGCUCCACCCCUCCCUCCGCCUGGCCUCCGCUGUCUAUCACGGUUUAGCCCAGGCUCACGCUCAGCUCUGCCAGCUGCACCGAGCCACCGGCGUCUCUGAGAAACUGACUCUGAGACAGAAGCUCCUGCAGCGGGCGCUGCACAGCUGGAGCAGCCUGGCGCCGCUCGGCAGCUCCUACAGCUCCCAAGUACAGAAGGAUCUGUUCUCAGAUCUGUUCAUCGAAGACCCGUUUUUGGUGCAGAAGGUGGGGCUGACGUCGGCGUCUGCAGAGGAGGAGGACGUGAAGCGGGGGAAUGAGGCCCGAGCGCCUGCGGUGCGAGCUCUGUCCAGGCUGCUGGAGCUGGUCACCGUGCGCCACCGGCUGCUGGAGUCGGCCUCAGAGACGGCACAUCUGGCUCAGUUGUACAGAAGCGUGGCCUCGGAGCUCGGCUUCGGCGAGUUCCACCUCCACAUGCGGCCGGUGCCGUUUGACGCGGCCGAGCAGAGAACGCAGGCGGAGCGGAGUCCCGCCUUCUUCACAGCCGUGCAGGAGGAGGACAGCUCUGUGGACAGAUUCGCCCCGUCCCACCUGCCUCUGAGCGUCCAGGAGCUGGACGAGGAGCAGAUCGGGCGCUUCAGCUUCAGCUCCGAGGAGGCCGUCGUCCACCUCAUGAACGAACAGAGCGUCCAGAACCUCCGCGUGACGCUGGCCUGUCAGGUGGCACAGAAGAACGCCCUGAUCAGCGCCGUGAAGCUGGCGUCGCUCUGCUACUGGGCAGGAAGCGUGGACGCAGCAUUUCCCACCAGCACAAAAGAGAGGCUGUCUGAGGCCUUUCUCUCCGUCCAGCUGGAGAAAGUGGGCGUGCGUGACGAGAUGCUGGACUCGUUUAUGGAGAAGAGACGGGUUCUGAAAACGCCGGAGGAAGCAGCAGAGGUGAAAAGGAGGGUCAUCAUCGAGUUUGCCAAGAAGUUGACCACGCGGGUUUCGCUGCAUUGCGUGAGAGCGCAGAUCGUUGCAUAUCACUACAGCCUCAUGUCGCUUCUGGACCGCGUCCCCUCCAUUCGUCAGUCCCACUUCGUGGUCGGCCGAGCCGGCACAACCACAGAUGCUCCGGAUUCAGGAGCGGAACCCAAUGCCAGGACGUUCCAGCGUCGGCCGCAGCAGCUCGUGUCUGACGACGGCAGGACUCUUCUCAACCUGUGGUUCAUCCCCCACUUCUCGCAAGUGCUUCGCAUGUUCAAAACCCAAGACGCUUCGGCGUGUGCUGAGGCCCUGCACCACACUCUACUCAUCGUCUCAGGUCUUCAUGACAUUGUUCAUUACCUAGUUAGUUUCUCUAGACUCGGAAACACUGAAAGCUGCUACGGCUGCAGGAGCAGGCAGCGUGCACCGUGCUCGCAUCCCGCAGCCGACUGGGGAGGCAGCGAAGGCAUCGGAGCAGAGCUGCUGGAGCUCCGGCGGCAGGUGGACGGUCUGUCCAACCCCGGCAGCCCGGAGUCGGUGGGUCGGCUGCUGCAGCUGCGCAGGCAGGUCCUCCUCCUGCAGUUCGACACUGCAGUCAGGCACCUCAUCAGGGACGCAUUCCUCGCUUCUGGUGACUUUGCCUCUUAUCGGAGUGUAAGUGACAACUUGGCGACGGCCCUCCCUCUGCUGAGUGACAGCAUUCAGACCGACAUGCAGGCGCUGCCUGUUCCUCAGCCCCUGGAGGCUCAGGGCUGUCAGGCUCAGACGUUGUAUCCAUGGAGAAGCUUUGCAGCCUGUCAUGGACUCCUGCCUCUCCAAGUUUGGGACAUCCCACCCAUUGAAUACUGCAUGCAGCUUUGCCUGUGCGGCCUGAGUGAUCGCACCAGAUUGCAGGCCAACGCCGCCAUCCUGGGCGUUUCGCUGCUCAUGGAGGACGUCCUGAACAGCGGAAAAGAUGCAGCGCCUGUUUGUCUCCGUGGCAACAAACAGGAGCUUCUGCAUGAUGUGAAAUCUGAUGAAGAUCCAGUUCGAAUUCAGACUGUGCUGAAAGGUUUCCUCCUACUGACAAAGCAGCUUCAGGUGUUCAAGGAGAACUGGGCUCGAAGAAGUCUGGGUGUAGACGUGUUCACUGUGCCCAGUCUGUACCAACAGUUUGUGAAACUUUACAGAGCUGAAAUCUUUCUCCCCAGCAUGAAAGCUCUGGCUCGACAAAUGUCCAAGGAGAAAGACUAUGACAUGUUGAUUUCAGGCAGCCAGUCGUUGCUGCCUCCUCCCGGAGCUUCAGACGUGGAUGUGAAAACCUGGCAGCUCCACAAGCUGCUGGAGAGCGCCGAGUGCGACAUGAUCCGGGAGGUGCAGAGGAGGAUCAGCCGAGAGCUGACGCUGGCGGUCGCAGAGCGCACGCGACAAGACGCGCGUCUCCCCACAGAGCUGUGGAAAAAAGCCCAGCUCAAGUUCAGCGUGUCCCUGGAGCGGCCGCAGAUGGUGGAGACGUUCAUCCAGCAGCUGAUGGAAGGAGCUGACGAAGCUGAGGGGCAGGAGCGAAAUGAGCUGAGGGUCUCCCGGGACCACCUGCAGCAGUGUCUCACCCGCCUCGGCUCCGCUGUGAUGGAGCGAGAGCGCCGCGGCUUCCUGCUGUACUCGCAGUUCUACGAGCAGAUCCUGCAGCAGGAGACGCAGCUGCUGCGCGAGAAGGAACGGGAUUUAAAGGAUCUUCGGGACUCUCGGGCACAAAACUCCCAAACAGAGGCGUCCGGGUGGUGCCGUGGGAUGAUGCUGCAGAUCUCAGCGCUGCAGGCUCAGGUCGCUCAGCUCCAAGAAGAGAAACGUUCCCUCGAAGAGCAGCUCGGUCUCCGGUUUAAGGAGCGCUAUGACCCUUUGGUCCGGCAGCUCUUCGCUACCUGCAUCCAGAUGAAGGGCAGACUUGAUGUGCAUCACCAGCAGAUGGAGCAGGACGUGGGUGAGAUGGUGAACAGAAUCAGAGCCCAGGGAGUGGACAGAAUCAUGAGGCUCAAGAAGAAGUACGGCUGCACGACGGACAACGACGGGCUCAUGCUCACACAGUUAAAGAAAGAAGAAAUCUACGAGUUGAACCUGGAGAACGGUCGGCUGAGCGCACUGCUCUGUAAACUCAAGGCUUUGAGACGAUGGAGGCAGGUGGUCGAUGAGGGGAAACUCCAUCGACAGCUGCUUCAAGCUCAGCAGAGAGAGAUUACCAGUCGCACAGACGCCCUCAGGGUGAAGAUGAUGUCGGAGGAGAAGGUGGUUUUCCUGCAGGAGGAGCUCGACGUCGUCCGGCAGAUGCUGAGCCACUGUCAGGCCGAAUGCAGCGGCAUGAAGACCCUGCUCAGCCGGAAGACAGAGGAGCUCCAGGUGGUCAGGCAUCAGUCUGCGCAGGAGGCCCGCAGCAGGCAGGAGCUGGACAGCUACCGACUGCAGAGCCUGGAGCAGAUGAGGGCCGACGUGGAGGACCGAGACCGGCAGCUGAGGGCGCUCGGCGAGCAGCUGGACAGAGGCAGCAGGAUGCAGCAGCUACAGCGGCAACGCAGCGCCAAGGAGAUCCGUCAGGUGAGGGGACGUCUUCAUCAGGAGCGAAGCCUCAAACAGGAAGCCUUCCAGCAGGUGGAUAAGCUGAAGACCCAGGUCAACGACAUGGAGGCGGCUGUGUCCAGGUGCACGACUACACCAGGGCCAAGCAGAGCAUAUUGCACGCUGUCAGUGAGCAGAUUGAGCAUUAGAAGCCCCUCAGCAGGUCUGCGCAGGGCCAGUCGGCAGCCGUCGGCCCUGCAGCUCGGCAGCGUCUCAAACCACGGCGCUGCUCAGGAGUUGGCCUCAGAGCCAAGACCGCAGGGAGCAGAAACAGCCGGGGGCCGCCUCAGCGCCAGACUGGACCGGGCCAAAGCUGCGAGUGAGCUCCCAGCGCAAGGACCGGGUUCAACCAAGGAUCCGUCUCGUCUCCGUGUCCUGGCCACAGAGACGCUGUUACCAAACCUGUGAGAUAAUGUUACUAUGAUCACUCACCAGCAGGAAAGAUUCACUAAUUGAUGCUAAAAACGCAAACUGAACUAUAAAUAAACACAUUUUAUUCAUGUAA